AUGGACAAAAACAUGCCCUUUUUCGUCCUGUUGACCUGCCUGGUCGUCUCCGACAGUGUCCAGGGAACGCUAAAGUUGUCAGCGAACGUCCCAGAAAACGCUCACGCGGGGGAAACCGUCACCAGUGUUCGGUCGGCCAUAGCGGAAGGUAGGGAGGAAGUAAAAUGUGAAAUUGUCGCCGGAAAUAGGAACGGACGCUUCCGUGUGACAACCUGCGUGAUCCAAGUGGCGCGUCCGUUGGAUUACGGCGUCGACCCGACCUAUAACCUCACGGUAAACGUCACCGGGUCCUCCGGAAACCCUGAGCAGCUGUAUGUUGAUGUACAAGUCCAAGACGUGGAGGGAUACCCGCCUGUUUACAACGACACGUGCGAAAUGCCGACUCGGACAGCAUGGGGGAACUCAGAGUUUGAUGCCCAGCCAGUCGGAUGUCCCCCUAACAAGUACGGCGUGUUGUGUGACCAGAACUGCACCUGUGAGAACGGUGCUCGCUGCCAUGGGCUGAACGGGGCCUGCAAGUGUCAGCCUGGAUGGCAGGGUGUCAUCUGUGACAUACCUUACAGUACAGUGGUCAUCAUCGAGACCCCUGGCGACUCACGACGGAUUUACAUCUCCGGCACUGUUACGUUGCACUGCAAGGUUUUCCAUCUGACUGCUGACAGGAUGAUGUGGACAUUUCCUAAUAAAACGGAAAAGUGGCUGCAGGGCGCUCAGGAAGAUCGUGUAAGGAUCCAAAACAUACAGUCCGAACAUAAUGGUACCUACACCUGUACUGUGUUAACGGAAGAUGGGGCGGCCAUUAACGCAAGUUAUGAGCUUCAGGCCGUCGCUUGUCCUCCCGAAAAAACGGGUGAAUCGUGCGAAGAGGAGUGCGUCUGUAGCCAUGGCGGCAGCUGUGACAGGUGGGCCGGCUGUGUGUGUCCGCCGGGAUGGACAGGAACCACGUGUAAGACCUCCUGCCCAGUUGGCACCUACGGACAGGGUUGCAGCAGGCGGUGUCGGUGUCAGUAUGACGCCACCUGCUUCCCUACCGACGGCCGGUGUAACUGCACGGAAGGCUGGUUCGGCAGUAACUGCAGCAGGCCCUGCCCCGCAGGUCGGUACGGAUGGAAAUGUUGGCAUGCUUGUGCCUGUAAGAACAAUGCCAAGUGUAACAACGUGGACGGAACCUGCGCCUGCGUGCCACCCUGGACUGGUAAGUUCUGUGACGUCAUCGAAACGGACACAUACACAAUCCAGAUUGUCAUACCCCUGGUACUGACUCUGCUUGUUGCUGCACUAGUAUUGCUAAUACUCUACAAACGACAGAAGGCUAAACAUGGGGCACAAGAAGAGCCUUUAGAGGAAACCAGAGUUCUUCUAGAGCUGAGAAACAUGGAAGAUGACCUUGCACAGAGUUUGCAGCCCGGCUGGCUCAACCGGUGGGAGAGGAACGCAGACGAUCUGACUCUGGACGAACUGGUCGGGCUGGGCGCGUCCGCACAGAUCAGAAGAGGACGGCUUCGAACGGCUGACGCUGACGUCACGGUGGCGGUCAAGUCCGUCCGCAUAGAGGACAGGCGGUGCUACCGAGCCUUCUGCCGGGAAGUCGCCGCGCUGAUAGCCGUGCAUGAAAACAGUGAGGAAGAAAAUGGCGGACAUCCCAACAUCGUCAAGCUCUUUGGGGUCGUCACGAUGUCCACACCGAAGUGUAUUCUCUUGGAAUUUGCUGCCAAAGGCGAACUUUUGCUCAUUCUAAAACAACCUCGGCAGAACCGUCCUCUUGGCAGGUUUGUCCGCUAUGCCGUCCAGAUAUCCCGUGCCCUGGAGGAGCUCCGACGUCUGCGUAUCGCUCAUGGUGACGUGGCCGCCCGAAACGUCCUGGUCAGCGGCGAUGACGUGGCCAAACUUGCUGACUUCGGUCUGGCCCAUGACGUGUACACCGAGACUACCUACGUGCCCGCAGUCAAUGACGACGUCGACGAACUCCUGCCCCUGAAGUGGAUGGCUCUGGAGUCGCUGGAGUCUCGCGAGUUCACGUGCGAGAGCGACACGUGGUCGUUCGGCGUGCUGCUGUGGGAGAUCGCCGCCUUCGGGGAGGAGCCCAGCUACCAGCGCCAGCGCCAACUGAGUUGUCCCAAGUUGGUGGGGCUCCUGAGGCAGGGGGUCCGUCUGGACAGGCCGCCGGGAUGUCCGGACAAGCUGUAUGACGUCAUGAAGUCGUGUUGGCGGGAGGAGCCGUCGGCAAGACCAGAGCCGGCAGAACUGGAGCAGAGGCUGACGGAAUGUUGCCAAGAGUUGGACCCACUUCUGGCUGGAACGCUGCAGUUGUCAGCAAACGUCCCAGAAAAAGCUCACGCGGGGAAAACCGUCACCAGUGUACGGCCGGCCAUAGGGGAAGGUCGGGAGGAAGUAAGAUGUGAAAUUGUCGCAGGAGACAAGAAUAGACGCUUCCUUGUGACCAACUGUGUGAUCCAAGUGGCGCGUCCGUUAGAUUAUAACGUCGACCCGAGCUAUAACCUGACGGUAAACGUCACUGGGUCCUUCGGAAACCCCGAGCAGCUGUAUGUUGAUGUACAAGUCCAAGACGUGGAGGGGUACCCGCCUGUUUACAACGACACGUGCGAAAUGCCGACUCGGAAUGGUCCGGGGAAGUCAGGCGAUUUGAACCUAGAUAUGAAAUUUACAGCCGAGGGUAUUGCGAUGGAUGUAGGAGAGGUAUUUGUCUCAAAAUACAUUCAUUACGAAAAAGAAAGGGACCCAUUUUCGAUUUCAGAGCAGUACAUUUUUUUCACCGAUAACGAGAAUUGUCUGGUGCAGGUGAUAUGGGAGCCAUUCAAUUCUUAUGACACCAUAACCGCUCAAUCGCUCUCGGACUCCCUAAAACAAUGCGUACAAUGUGUUAGUUCGGCAGGCGUGGCAUCCGUCGUCCAAUUCGAAAUAUUUAAAAGGUGGUCCGGAUUUAACCCAGAGGCAAAGAAUUCCCGCAAAUGUUAUUUUGGGCCCAUUCCUGAAACUGGGGGAUACUUUAUACUGGCCGGUUCAUUCGUGCUUUCUUCCAACAUCAAAAACCAUUUUACGUGCAAGCUGCCAGAAGAUAUCUCAAUCUCUGUUUUUAUAAAUGAUAUGCAUCAGAAAACAAUACCUGUACGUUUAGAAUUUGAUUUCAAGCCAGUCGGAUGUCCCUCUAACAAGUACGGCGUGUUUUGUGACCAGAACUGCACCUGUGAGAACGGUGCCCGCUGUCAUGGGCUGAACGGGGCCUGCAAGUGUCAGCCUGGAUGGCAGGGUGUCGUCUGCGACAUACCUCACAGUACAGUGGUCAUCAUCGCGACCCCUGGCGACUCGACACGGAUUCACAUCACUGGCUCUAUAACGCUACACUGCAAGGUUUUCCAUCUGGCUGCUGACAGGAUGAUGUGGACAUUUCCUAAUAAAACGGAAAAGUGGCUGCAGGGCGCUCAGGAAGAUCGUGUAAGUAUCCACAACAUACAGUCCGAACACAACGGUACUUACACCUGUACUGUGUUAACGGGAGACGGGGCGGUCAUUAACACAAGUUAUGAGCUUCAGGCCGUGGCUUGUCCUCCCGGAAAAACGGGUGAGUCGUGCGAAGAGGAGUGCGUCUGUAGCCAUGGUGGCAGCUGUGACCGGUGGGCCGGCUGUGUGUGUCCGCCGGGAUGGACAGGAACCACGUGUCAGACCUCCUGCCCAGUUGGUACCUACGGACAGGGUUGCAGCAGGCGGUGUCGGUGUCAGCAUGACGCCACCUGCUCCCCUACCGACGGCCGGUGUAACUGCACGGAAGGCUGGUUCGGCAGUAACUGCAGCAGGCCCUGCCCCGCAGGUCUGUACGGAAGGAAAUGUCGGCAUGUUUGUGCCUGUAAGAACAACGCCACGUGUCACAACGUGGACGGAACCUGCACCUGCGUGUCACCCUGGACUGGUAAGUUGUGUGACGUCAUAAAAAAGGACCCAUUCCCGUUGUCACUCCAGAUUGCCACACCCCUGAUACUGACUCUGCUAGUCGCUGCACUAGUUUUGUUUAUUUUCUAUAGACGAAAGAAAGCUAGACAAGCGGAAAAUGAAAACAAUGUAGAGGAGACCAUGGUUGUACUGGAGCUGAGAAACAUGGAAGAAGACUUGGCGCAGGGUUUGCAGCCCGGCUGGCUCCAUCGGUGGGAGAGGAACGCCGACGACCUGACUCUGGACGAACUGGUCGGGCUGGGCGCGUCCGCACAGAUCAGGAGAGGACGGCUUCGUACGGCUGGCGCUGACGUCACGGUGGCGGUCAAGUCCGUCCGCAUAGAGGAUAGGCGGUGCUACCGAGCCUUCUGCCGGGAAGUCGCCGCGCUGGUAGCCGUGCACGAAAAUAGUGAGGAAGAAAAUGGCGGACAUCCCAACAUCGUCAAGCUCUUUGGGGUCGUCACGAUGUCUUCACCGAAGUGUAUUCUGUUGGAAUUUGCUGCCAAAGGCGAACUUUUGCUCAUUCUAAAACAACCUCGGCAGAAUCGUCCUCUUGGCAGGUUUGUUCGCUAUGCCGUCCAGAUAUCCUGUGCCCUGGACGAGCUCCGACGUCUGCGUAUCGCUCACGGUGACGUGGCCGCCCGAAACGUCCUGGUCAGCGGCGAUGACGUAGCCAAACUUGCUGACUUCGGUCUGGCCCAUGACGUCUACACCGAGACUACUUACGUGUCCGCAGACAAUGACGACGUCGACGAACUCCUGCCCCUGAAGUGGAUGGCUCUGGAGUCGCUGGAGUCUCGCGAGUUCACGUGCGAGAGCGACACGUGGUCGUUCGGCGUGCUGCUGUGGGAGAUCGCCGCCUUCGGGGAGGAGCCCAGCUACCAGCGCCAGCGCCAACAGAGCUGUCCCAAGUUGGUGGGGCUCCUGAGGCAGGGGGUCCGUCUGGACAGGCCGCCCGGAUGUCCGGACAAGCUGUAUGACGUCAUGAAGUCGUGUUGGCGGGAGGAGCCGUCGGCAAGACCAGAGCCGGCAGAACUGGAGCAGAGGCUGACAGAAUGUGGCCAUGAGUUGGACCUCGUUCAUAAUUAAACCCUUGUUUGAUUUAUGAAUAACGAUGCAAAGUAGGACAGCUUGCAUUAGGAAAUUUUCUAUAUGCAACCAACCAAUUCUAGAGCCAGCAUGUGGGUCUAAAUACCAAGAUAUUGACCUAGCUUGUUUAUUG